AUGUGCCCACCUGGUUGGACUCACUUUGAGAAUCAUUGUUACCUGUUUAACCACGCUUUAAAGUACUGGGCUGAUGCAGAGCGUGCCUGCACUUCCCUCGGUGGGAAUCUUGCCUCCCUCCCCAACUCAAAAGUAUACGGCUUCAUCAGAGCUAUCAUUCAUAGAUCAACUGGCAAACAUUUAAGAACUUGGGUUGGAGGCUACGAUGCAGUAAAGGAGGGUGUGUGGCUGUGGAGUGAUGGUAGCAAGUUUGACUUCAAAGGAUGGCAUCGUGGAGAGCCUAACAAUGCUCGUGGUCAUGAGAAUUGCAUGGAGAUCAACGUAUCAGGACGAAACUAUGUCAAUGAUGGACAGUGUCAUCGUAAGAAUUAUUUUGUUUGUGGCAAGAGCCUGUGA